CGUCAUGUAAACACGUGAGCCGAAAAGGACAUAUAUAGAGGUAGAAUAAGCUAUUGUUCGAAACAUAAAGAAGUAGUUUGCAACAUGGCGUCGACGAGCCGGUGUGUACAAUAUGUAUUCCAAGCUAUGUUUUCUGUGUUAUUAUGCUUUCAUGUGGGAAAGUGAAAGUUAUUGAACAAUGAGUGGUGAUUGCGAUCAACACGGAGAGACCAUUGUUUCUAAGUGUUUUCCGUCAUAGCCGCCGGAAUGUCCAUUACUGACUGUUAGCUAACCUUCGCUAGCCUAACAGAAAACACUAUCAAAUCACAGUUGGACACAUUGUCUCGGUCGUAUAUCAUGUCAAUGAUCAUAUUGUUUGUAUGCAUCCGAUAUAGGUAGCGCAACAUUAUAUCUAACGUACAAAUCAUGACGCAGAUGCGAGUGUCAAUAAGCAAUUUCAUGUUUUGAAAGGAAUGUGUGAUGUCGCAAGGUGAUGUCGUCGGGCCAGCUCAGCUGGCUAAAUCCAAUUAGGUAGCUACAUUAAUGUUUUUACAGUAGCCGAGUCUCAACGCACACCGUGACAGUGAUUUAAUCAUGACAAAUUAUUCAGCCAUUGUAUUGAUAAUUGUCACAAGGACACGGCAAGUUGAUUUGGUUGUUUUACCAGCAAUUUAUUCCACUGGCUAGCACAAAAUAGCUUGUUUACACUUGCCCAAACGAAGAGAAAUUGACUGUUGACGCAGCACCAAGUCCGUUAGCUAACUAGUUAGCUAAAUGGGUUAUGUUUUGGUAUUGUAGAAUCGAAUUGGUGUCGAGGAUAACUUUGUGAAACGCUGGAAUGCCAUUUUAUGGGUCCCAUUGUCGAAAGCUUUUUGGCCACAAUGCCACUGAAUCAUAAUCAUCUACAUUAAGUUGACACAGUCUUUGCAGUGGCUUUUCUGUACUAGGUUUGAAGUAGGCCUACUUCCCAGUCCAUUUACCUUGGUAUGCAUAUACAUAUUCGAUCAAUAAACAAGUAACAUUGACUAUGGUGUUGAUGCUUGAGAGCAGUUACUGUUGUAAAACAAGCAACCAGAAUUGCUUUUGCAACAUGUAAUUUUCAGAAGUGCCUUUUGUUUUUAUAUUAUUAAAGGUAAAUAUAUUCCUCAUAUUUCUCAGAUUUAGGGAAAGACAGUCUGACAUGCUUAACAAUUUAUGUACAAUUUUAAUAAAGGCUAUAAGAUUUCCCUAUUAUCAUCAUUUGCCAAUUCACUAAACAACAUACUUGCUCACCUUGAGCAGUGUCAAUCGGCUUUAAGUGUAUAGCGUUAAGUAAACCAAUACCAUAUUCUUGGCUGUAAACCAGCUUUAUGGAAAUAAGUACAAUCACACCCAGUGCUGGGUUAACUCUCACUAGGCAGGGUCAAAGGUAAGAGGACACUGUUGGCUGACCUCUGGGAUGUAUUCUUUACUUGCAGUGGAGACGCCCUGGCCCUUCCCAAGGUGCAGUGCCCCAACCACCCAGAUGCCAUGCUGGUGGAAGACUACAGAGCAGGGGACAUGAUCUGCCCUGAGUGUGGCCUUGUAGUGGGUGAGUGAUAGGCUGAAACACGCACACACACAGCAUAUGUUUUUGUGGGGUCCUAAAAUGUAUUUCCAUUCAAAAUCCUAUGUUCCCUAAACCUAACCUUAACCCCUAAACCUAACCUUUAUUGUAAGCCUAACCCCUAAGCUUAAAAUAGCCUUUGUCGCUGUGGGAAACACAAAUUACGUUUGAUUGGUCACAUACACAUAUUUAGCAGAUGUUAUUGCGGGUGUAGCGAAAUACUUGCAACAGACUGACACAAAGCCUUAUCUGUAGGGAGGAGAAGUCUUUGCAGUAGGUAUAUAGCGUAACAUAACAUACAGAGGCCUGAUGUACAAGAUGGCCCCAUACUGGAUGGCAGCCGUUCUGCAAGCUCCGACCCAACUUUGCUAUUUUGUGGUUCUUUUGGUGUUUAUUUUUACUUUAUUUUCUCGAAUCCGCUGUCAUUUCUUAUAACCGACAAUAACUUUUGAACAUCUGAUCAGCAGUUACAUCUGCCCUGGGCUCGUUCUGUAAAUCCGACCCAAUUUUCGGGGUACCCAAGAGAAACCGCCAGAGGCUGGCUGCCUUGUCGCUGGAGAUUUUAAUUCUGCGUCAUUAAGACGUGAUGCCCAACUUCCAUCAACAUGUCUCCUUUGCCACUAGGGGCGAUAGUCCUAGACCACUGUUACUCUACCCACAAGCAAGCAUACAAGGCCCUCACUUGUUUGCCAUUCGGCAAAUCAGAUCAUGACUCCUGCUUCCUGUUUACAAGCAGAAGCUCAAACAGUACCCGUGACUCACUCCAUUGAGAAAUGGUAAUCAGAAUCAGAGAUUAUGCUACAGGAUUGCUUUGCUAGCUCUGAUUGGAAUAUGUUCAGAUACUUUGCCUAUAACAUCGAUGAGCUAACCACCUCUGUCACCGGCUUCAUAAGGAAAUGCUUCGUCGACGUUGUUCCCACAGUGAAGGUUUGCUGCUUCCCCAAUCAAAAUACCUUAAUUAACACAGAGGUUGGCGCUAAACUAAAGGACAGGACUACUGCACACAGAGCCAUCGCAGAGAACCCUGAGACUACGGCUGAGGACAGGAACAAGUACAAAAAGUCCCCUAGAACCUCCUUAGUCAUCAAACGAGCAAAAGGACAAUAUAGGAAUAAGGUGGAAUCAAAUUACAUGGGCUCCGAUGCCCGCCGCAUGUGGCAGGGGCUACAGUCCAUUACGGAUUACAAAGGAAGACCCAGCCAUGAUCUGCCCAACGAUGCCUCUCUACCAGACGAACUCAACGCAUUUUAUGCAUGCUUCGACAAUAACAACAUCAUGCCUGGUGUGAGGGCCACCACCGACCCAGAGGAAUGGGUGACCUCGCUCUCCGAGGUCGAAGUAAGGUCUUUAAUCAGGUCAACACUCGCAAGGCCGCGGGGCCGGACAGUAUUCCAGGGCGCAUUCUCAGAGCAUGUGCAGAUCAGCUGGCAGACAUAUUCACAGUAAUUUUCAACCUCUCCUUGUCCCAGUCUGUAAUCCCCACAUGUUUUAAGAUGACCACCAUCAUUCCUGUUCCCAAGAACUCUAAGGCUUCAUGCUACAAUGACUACCGCCCUGUAGCACUCACAUCUGUAAUCAUGAAUUGCUUUGAAAGGCUGGUUAUGGCACACAAUAACUCAAUCAUCCCAGACACCCUAGACCCUCUCCAUUUUGCAUACUGCCCCAACAUAUCCAUUGACGACACAAUCUCAAUUGCACGCCACACUGCCCUCACCCACCUAGAUAAGAGGAAUACCUAUGUGAGAAUGCUGUUAAUUGACUACAGCUCAGUGUUCAACACUAUUGUCCCCUCCAAGCUCAUCACCAAGCUUAGGACCCUGGGACUGAACACCUCCCUCUGCAACUGGAUCCUGGACUUCCUGAUGGGCCGACCUCAGAUAGUGAGGGUAGGCAACAUCACCUCCGCCACGCUGACCCUCAACACCCCCUGUUCACCCACGAUUGCGUGGCCACGCACGGCUCCAAUACCAUCAAGUUUGCUGACGACACGACGGUGGUGGUAGGCCUGAUCAGGAGGUCAGUGACCUGGCAGUGUGGUGCCGGGACAACAACCUCUCCCUCAAAGUCACCAAGGAGCUGAUCGUGAACUACAGGAAACCGGGGGGCGAGCACGCCCCCAUCCACAUCGACAGGGCUGCAAUGGAGCGGGUCGAAAGCUUCAAGUUCCUCUGCGUCCAAAUCACUGAGGACUUAAAAUGGUUCAAGCGCACAGUCGUGAAGACGGCGCGACAGUGGCUCUUCCCCCUCAGGAAGUUUGGCAUGGGCCCUCAAAUCCUUAAAGUUCUACAGCUGCACCAUCGAGAGCAUCUUGACUGGCUGCAUCACUGCUUGGUAUGGCAACAGCAAGUGGUACCGGUGCAUCAGUGCGACACCAACAGGCUCCUGAACAGCUUCAUUGCCAAGCCGUAAGACGGCUAAAUAGCUAACCCUUGAGUUGACCCUUGUAUGCAUUUUUAUUUCUUCAAUUACGCUGCUGCUACUCUGUUUAUCAUACAUCCUGAUGCCUAGUCACCUUACCCCUAUACAGAUCUACCUCUUUUACUCCAGUAUUCCUGCACAUUGUAAAUAUGGUAUUGGGAUUGACCCUGUAUAGAGUCUUACUUUCUCGUGUUCUUAUUAUAUAUAUAUUUUUUUAUUGUGUUUUCUUUUAUGUAAUUUUUUGUACUACAUUGAUAUUGAUCACUGCAUUGUUGGGUUUAGAGCUCGCAAGGAAGGCAUUUCACUGUACUUGUGCACGUGACAUUAAAACUUGAAACUGCUGGGCCUACACUUCUAUAGACACAGUCCUAACCUCUAGUUCAGGGGGAGUGAUGUGUUUGUGCUGGUAUUAUGACAUGUGACUUGAGCAGCAAGGCUCUUACAGAUGUCCUCCAGCGAUUUUUGCACUUCCUGUUGAAAAGGUUUAUCCCAAGUAUAAAUACGGUAAAGUACACACACUAACGGGUACAAAAAUAUGUUUUGAGCAAAAUAGUGUUUUUUUUUUUUGACUACUGCAAACUUCGAGUAGGGCAUUCAAGGAGUUGGUCUGAUGGGGACUUUGUGAUGUCAUCAGCCUCCCACCUUGCUUGAGGAACAAUAGAGAACAAAAGAGGGAAGGUCCCCCUCUUAUGUCAUGUCAUGAGGAUACCUGGACCACUUAUUGAGAUGUGCCUUUUGUUAAGUAAUCAGGUGUAGGGCGGCAGGUAGCUUAGUGGGUAAGAGCGUUGUGCCAGUAACCGAAAGGUCGCUGGUUCUAAUCCCCGAGCCGACUAGGUGAAAAAUCUGUCGAUGUGCCCUUAAGCAAGGCACUUAACCCUAAUUGCUCAUGUAAGUCGCUCUGGAUAAGAGCGUCUGCUAAAUGACUAAAAUGUAAAUGUUAAAUGAGGUGAAAAGGAGACUGGAGUAGGACUUUACACUAAAGACAUGUCAGACCUGUCACAUAGCUAGAGUGCAUAAUACCAGGAAAUCAUAGAAUAUAACAUCCGCUCAAAGAUACAAUAGAAUCAAAUCUGUCCACACCUUCCUUAGAUGGCCUUGGAAAGCCACCCUAGUUAGAGCAACAGAUAGCAUUACAGGGCUCUAUCUGAACGUAACAUAGCAGGUCUCCCAUUAUGAGACCCAUAGGAAACACUUGGCUAAUUAUAUGGGGACAUAGUGGGUAAGACGGACGAUUCAGUAAUGAUGUAAAGCUAGAUUGUAUCCCAUCGCUUUGCUGUGCCAUAAGGAGAUGAACGUCAAUUUAGUGCUGGAUAUUAGCAUGAUUUAUGUAUGGAAAGGGCUCAUUGGAUUAAGGCAAAAAAUCAAAUCCCUGACCCUGCUAGUUUCCAGGGCCUAAUUUAUAAACGUUACGUACGCACAAAAUAGGCCCCAAAACAUGCAGGCGCUAGUUUUCAUGCAAAAAUUGGCAUUUAUAAAAACAGAACUUGCCGUGAGAAUGUGCUUAUCCUCCUGCAAACUUUAGAUCAUGCGUAUGCGUAGUUUCUAGUGGUUGAAUUAUUGCAUUUCAACAAGGCAAAAGUAGCCUUGUGCAGGAAUAUUUGAUGACACUCUUAUUCAUAACAAAAAAAGGGUAGAUAAAUAUAAUAACAAGAUGCAAUCAUUUGCCGUUAGUGAAAAGAGCGAAAAUCCAUCUAAAAUCAGAAAGAAUUUGCAUUUUAUUUACAGUGCAUUCGGAAAGUAUUCAGACCCCUUGAAUAUUUCCACGUUUUGUUACGUUACAGCCUUAUUCUAAGAUUGAUUAUAUUGUUAAUUUUCCGCAUCAAUCUACACACAAUACCCCAUAAUGACAAAGCAAAGACAGGUUUUUAGAAUUUUUUGCAAAUGUAUUAAAAAUUUUAAACGUAAAUAUGACAUUUACAUAAGUAUUCAGACACUUUACUCAGUACUUUGUUGAAGCACCUUUGGCAGCGAUUACAGCCCUGAGUCUUCUUGGGUAUGACACUACAAGCUUGGCGCAUACCUGUAUUUGGGGAGUUUCUCCCAUUCUUCUCUGCAGAUUCUCUCAAGCUUUGUCAAAUAGCUGCACAGCUAUUUUCAGGUCUCUCCAGAGAUGUUAGACUGGGUUCAAGUCCGGGCUCUGGCUGGGCCACUCAAUGACAUUCAGAGACUUGUCCCGAAUCCACUCCUGAGUUGUCUUGGCUGUGUGCUUAGGGUAAUUGUCCUGUUGGAAGGUGUACCUUCGCCCCAGUCAGGUCCUGAGUGCUCUGGAGCAGGUUUUCAUCAAGGUUCUCUCUGUACUUUCCCGCUUUCAUCUUUCCCUCGAUCCUGACUAGUUUCCCAGUCCCUGCCGCUGAAAAACAUCCCCCCAGCAUUAUGCUGCCACCACCAUGCUUCACCAUAGGGAUGGUGCCAGGUUUCCUCCAGACGUGACACUUGGCAUUCAGUCCAAAGAGUUCAAUAUUGGUUUCAUCAGAACAAAGAAUCUUGUUUCUCAUGGUCUGAGUCCUUUAGAUGCAUUUUGGCAAACUCCAAGUGGGCUGUCAUGUGCCUUUUACUGAAGAGUGGCUUCUGUCUGGCCACUCUACCUAAAGGCCUGAUUGGUGGAGUGCUGCAGAGAUGGUUGUCCUUCUGGAAGUUCUCCCAUCUCCACAGAGGAACUCUGGAGCUCUGUCAGAGUGACCAAUGGGUUCUUGGUCACCUCCCUGACCAAGGCCCUUGUCCCCCGAUUGCUCAGUUUGGCUGGCGGCCAGCUCUAGGAAGAGUGGUGGUUCCAAACUUCUUCCAUUUAAGAAUGAUGGAGGCCACUGUGUUUUUUGGCACCUUCAAUGCUGCAGACAUUUUUUGGUACCCUUUGCAAGAUCUGUACCUCGACACAAUCCUAUCUCGGAGCUCUACGGACAAUUCCUUCGACCUCAUGGCUUGGUUUUUGCUCUGACAUGCACUGUCAACUGUGGGACCUUUAUAUAAAUGGGUGUGUGCCUUUCCAAAUCAUGUCCAAUCAAUUGAAUUUACCACAGGUGGACUCCAAUCAAGUUGUAGAAACAUCUCAAUGAUGAUCAUUGGAAACAGGAUGCACCUGAGCUCAAUUUCGAGUCUCAUAGCAAAGGGUCUGAAUUCUUAUUUCUGUUUACAUUUUUUAUAAAUUAGCAAACAUUUAGAAAAACCUGUUUUUGCAUUGUCAUUAUGGGGUAUUGUGUGUAGAUGAGGACAUUUUGAUUUAUUUAAUCCAUUUUAGAAUAAGGCUGUAAUGUAACAAAAUGUGGAGAAGGGGUCUGAAUACUUUCUUAAUGCAAUGAAGGUUUGGGAUAAAGUAAAUGCAAAACAUUACUGAAUUCAAUCGAUCUGUUUACCCAUCCGCAACAAUUUGCAAUUGUUUUUGUCUUUCAGAAACGGUCAGAUAGGCUACAGAAAAUGUUACUUCAAAAGAAAACAUUCUGCCAACACCUCCAAAGACAUUUGAUCAAGUUCGCCAUUGCUAUUUCCUUUAGAUGUUAUCUCGUCCUAAUUCCAAAGUAUACAGCAAAUAAGGGCGUUAUUGUCACCGUUUUUCGGGCAGAGUUAUAACGCUCGUUCACGCGCGCACAGUUUUACGUCACUUUAAUAAUGUUUACAUACUGUUUUACCCACUUCAUAUGUAUAUACUGUGUUCUAGUCGAUCGUCCUACUACUGUGCACAACUUUUCUAUUCAUAUACUGUCCAUCAUGUCUAUACACACAAUCAUAUACAUAUCUAUUUAUAUUAUGGACUCUGACAUUGCUCGUUGUAAUAUUUCAAUAUUUCUUAAAGGGAAAUUUCAACUUCAUAUUCAUAAUCUCCAGCACCACCCCAACAUCGUGUUAAAAUGGCAUGUUUCUAAGAUAGAGGAAGAUAAGUGUUUCCAAUGAUAUCUUUAACCAUUUAGUAGACAAUUAGUAGGUAAUGCCUACUCAUAAUUGGUUCAAAUCACACGAUGCAAACUGAUGUCAUUGGAAACACUUAUUUUAUCUUUUUUACUAUAAAACCUAGAAAUUUGCAAUUUUCACAUAUGUUGGGGUGGUGCUGGAGAUUAUGAAGUAGAAAUUUUUUGGAAUAUCCCUUUAAUUCCUUUUUAUUUUUUGGAUUAUGGUGUAUUGUUAGGUAUUACUGCACUGUUGGAGCUAGGAAAAUAACCAUUUCGCUACACCCGUCAUAACAUCUGCAAAAUAUGUGUACACGUCCAGUACAAAUUGAAUUGACAGGUUUGGUUUAUAACGGGAAACGUGCGCCAAGUUUACAAAUCUCAAUAUUUUUGUACAUGCGUCAUCUUUUCAGAAAUGGCGCACGUAGAUAUUUAGUGUAAAAUCUACGUAAUGGUUAUAAAUGAGGCCCCAGAAAGAGGCGAUAAACCAGAGUAAAUAUAAGGAAAGUGUCUAUUUCUUGAGUGAGAAUUAGACCAUCUUGUGGCUUGGUCUGGGAAGUGCAGGGUGUAUACAAAUCUGGGACAGGAACAAAGGGAAGACGUUAGUGUAGAUAAGCCACAACUGGCACAUUUGGUUAUUUUGUGUCGUGGUUGUAUCAUUACAAUUAGUUACUAUUCUUAUUUACAUAAACAUUUAUGAAGUGUUGGCCCUGGUCCCAGUGACACUGAAUACUGCUUCCCUUUCUAAUAUUGAAUUUCCUAAUCUCUUCUUGUCACAAAAGGAAGGACUUACUUGGUGAAAGCAUUAUUCUAUAAUGGUGAAAUCAAUACAGUGGGUGCUUGAUGUUUAUCGCUUUUACCUUUAUCUAUUCAUGUCAGUGCUCACUGUUCAAGGAGAUAAAGUAGGGUGAAUGGGGAAAGAAAGCUGUUUGAACAUAUUUGAGCUUAGCCCCAUGUAGUAAUGUGUGUGGUUCCCCAGGUGACAGGGUGAUUGACGUGGGCUCAGAGUGGAGGACCUUCACCAAUGAGAAAGCCACCAAAGACCCGUCCAGAGUGGGCGACGCCCAGAACCCACUCCUCAACGGGGGAGACUUGACCACCAUGAUCAGCAAGGUAAGUACACACAUUGGCCAUCUUACCUGACACCACAACUGGCACAGAGGCCCUGCCACCUGGCUAAAGUCACCAUUUACAGGGAAAUAUGCUUAAACCUAUGUUUAUGUUUGUGGUCUGUGGGGCGCCAGACCACAAAAUAAUAAAAUGUCUGCUCCCCUUUGUGUGUGACAUGGUCUUCAUCAGGUUCCACAGAUCUCUCUGAUUUCCAUAAGAGACGUCAUUGUCAUAAGAUUGACCAGGUAGUAAGUCUAUAUCACUAAUGGUUCCAACAAUUCUGUUGUCACCAUAGGGAACAGGCGCGGCUAGUUUUGACGAGUUCGGCAACUCCAAGUACCAGAACCGGCGGACCAUGAGCAGUUCAGACCGCGCAAUGCUAAACGCCUUCAAAGAGAUUACCACCAUGGCCGACCGGAUCAACCUACCAAGGAACAUCAUAGCGAGUCCCAUUCUCUCUUCUAUUUGUUUAGCUUUGUGGAACCUAGUAGCUAGCUAGCUAACUGAUUAAUCUAUUUCCAAAACUCAAGUUAUUUAGCAGGUUACUCUAAAUAUGAGGUUUUCUCUUAACAAAACUAUAUGAAUGUUCACAGCAAACUGAGAGUUUGCGCUGAAGUAAAUGUUGUUGUCUUUGACCCGCAGGACCGAACAAAUAACUUAUUUAAGCAAGUGUACGAGCAGAAGAGCCUGAAGGGGCGGGCCAACGACGCCAUCGCAUCAGCCUGCCUUUACAUCGCCUGUAGACAAGAGGGCGUGCCUCGGACGUUUAAAGGUGAGCUCCUCUAACGAGGAUGUUUAGAGCAUAGAAUUACAUAUCGAAUCAUCUGUAUCAUCUAUGGUUUUAAGAUCAUAUUAGCAUGUUCCAAGCAACGUCUUAGUCAGUGCUGGUUGUCAAGACUUCACGGUUAUGAAAGUUUCCUGGAUCAUGUUCAUUAGGCACCAAAACGGAAGAAAACUGACUGAAACAGGGAUUUUAUUUUCGUUUUUUAAAACGUUCUCCCUUGCAUGUCUUAUUAAAACGACCCUGAAGAUGUGUCACUAAUGACUCCCUUGUCAUCCAUCCCCCGCAGAGAUCUGCGCCGUGUCCCGCAUCUCCAAGAAGGAGAUCGGCCGCUGCUUCAAGCUGAUCCUCAAGGCCCUGGAGACCAGCGUGGACCUCAUCACCACCGGAGACUUCAUGUCCCGCUUCUGCUCCAACCUGGGCCUGCCCAAGCAGGUGCAGAUGGCGGCCACCUACAUCGCCCGGAAGGCCGUGGAGCUGGACCUGGUGCCCGGCAGGAGUCCCAUCUCUGUGGCCGCCGCCGCCAUCUACAUGGCCUCCCAGGCCUCCGCUGAGAAAAAGACCCAGAAAGGUGAGGUUGUGGGUGGGAGGAUGGUGGGGAUAGUUGGUGGUAGGUUGUCUUUGUGUGGUGGUCUUCUUUAUGGGCUGAAUCUGAACUAUUUGUGUUUGUCUAUAAACUUUAAAACCUGAUUCAGUAAAUUUCAGGUACAAAUAACAGUGUGACGUUUGUGGUCCACACUUGACUUGACAGCUCAGCAAACCGUUUCUGAAUGUUCAGGAACUCAUAUUUCUGAUAGUUCUGAGAACACAAGUAUAUCACCAAUGGUCUGAAGACUUAAGGCACCAGUAGUCAUUUCUGCAAAUCUCUACCCUUUGGACAGAGAUUGGAGACAUCGCCGGUGUGGCAGACGUCACAAUCAGACAGUCGUACCGACUCAUCUACCCCCGCGCCGCCGACCUCUUCCCCCCGGACUUCAAAUUCCACACCCCUGUGGACAAACUACCCCAGCUGUAAAGACCCACUUGCCCGACGACACUUUAAGGGUUCUCUUUUUAGUUUUUAUUCAAUUUGCAAUCUUUUCCCCUCUUUUUCCCUUGUUAAUUAACUUAAGACUUUGGGCCAUUGUGAAGGUACUUUUUGCAGGAAUACAGACAAGUACAGGACACGCAUUCCAAUGCUUAAAAAAUGAGAUUGCAAACUGUACUUACAGUAUUUCAUUUGAGUGUGUAUAUAUACUGUAUAUAUGUCCCAAGUGAGAAAAUGUAAUUGGUGCUUGCAAUAUUAUGCUGGUUUCAUACUAUAUACACUUUUUGUAGGAAAUGCAGGUUCUAUUUUGUUAGCUUGUCUGCUUUGUAUUAAGUCAAUUAAAUGCUUUUCUGAAAAGCAUGUUGAACACCUCAUGCAUUGGUUAACAUUAAACUUUGUUUACGGAAUGAGUUUUCUGUGUGUUGACGCUAAUACUGCUUAUGUACCAUUGAGUACAUUGAUCACUACCUCUCU